CUGAGGGAGGGCUGGGGCGGUACGAAGCGGGGGUGGGCUGUGCGCGUAAUGGCAGCGCCGUGGCUUCGCGUCCAUCUUUACCGUUCUCUCGGACCUGUCACAAAGGAGUCGCGCCGCCGCCUCCUCCCUCUGGUGGGCCCGGGAGCUAAAGAAAGUCAGUGCCGCAGCCCGACCGCGCUGCUCUGAGAAGCCCCCUGGGCACGCGGAGCGGGAGGGAGUGUGAGGGUUGGAGGCGACUGUGAGGAAGGGAAACAGCCGCUCGAGCCUGGGGCGGGCGGACCGGAGUGGAGCCGGGGCAGGCUCUGGGAAAGGGCCCGGGAGAGAGGUGGCGUUGCUCAGAAGUCGGGAAACAGCCGAGAGGUUUUCCACCGAGGCCCGCGCUUGAGGAAUCCAAAGAGGUUCCUAGAAGAGGGUGUUCCCUCUUUCGGGGGUCCUCACCAGAAGAGGUUCUUGGGGGUCGCCCUUCUGAGGAGGCUGCGGCUAACAGGGCCCAGGUGAGAGGCAGCUAUCUAACUCCUGGGGUGGCUCCUGGUGCUGAGGGGGUCCUGACCCACUCAGGGGUGCCCGGGAUAGAAAGGGUAGAUGAGGGGACGCUUUGGGAGGGUUCCUUUUGUGGAGUUUGCGGUCUAGGUGGCACGGGUGAGAGGCGGACCUCCCCUGGGAGAUUUAGAAACGCCUUGGGAUAGAAAGACAGAGAAUGGGGCUGGGAGGUAGGAGCCAGAACUAGCGGAUUCUCGUACUACGGAGGCCGGAGCUGAAAAUUGGAACUGCCAUUGGAUGACCAGAAUUCCCUGUAGUUGAUAAUGUUGGGAAUAAGCUCUGCAACUUUCUUUGGCCUUCAGUUGUUAAAAACAAAUAGGAUGCAAAUUCCUCAACUCCAGGUUAUGAAAACAGUACUUGGAAAACUGAAAACUACCUAAAUGAUCGUCUUUGGUUGGGCCGUGUUCUUAGCGAGCAGAAGCCUUGGCCAGGGUCUGCUGUUGACUCUCGAAGAGCACAUAGCCCACUUCCUAGGAACUAGAGGUGCCACUACUACCAUGGGUAAUUCCUGUAUCUGCCGAGAUGACAGUGGAACAGAUGACAGUGUCGACACCCAGCAGCAACAGGCCGAGAACAGUGCAGUACCCACUGCUGACACAAGGAGCCAACCACGGGACCCUGUUCGGCCACCGAGGAGGGGUCGAGGACCACAUGAGCCAAGGAGAAAGAAACAAAAUGUGGAUGGGCUAGUGUUGGACACAUUGGCAGUAAUACGGACUCUUGUAGAUAAUGAUCAGGAACCUCCCUAUUCAAUGAUAACAUUACACGAAAUGGCAGAAACAGAUGAAGGAUGGUUGGAUGUUGUCCAGUCUUUAAUUAGAGUUAUUCCACUGGAAGAUCCACUGGGACCAGCUGUUAUAACAUUGUUACUAGAUGAAUGUCCAUUGCCCACUAAAGAUGCACUCCAGAAAUUGACUGAAAUUCUCAAUUUAAAUGGAGAAGUAGCUUGCCAGGACUCAGGUCAUCCUGCCAAACACAGGAACACAUCUGCAGUCCUAGGCUGCUUGGCUGAGAAACUAGCAGGUCCUGCAAGUAUAGGUUUACUGAGCCCAGGAAUACUGGAAUAUUUGCUACAGUGUCUGAAGUUACAGUCCCACCCCACAGUCAUGCUUUUUGCACUUAUCGCACUGGAAAAGUUUGCACAGACAAGUGAAAAUAAAUUGACUAUUUCUGAAUCCAGUAUUAGUGACCGGCUUGUCACAUUGGAGUCCUGGGCUAAUGAUCCUGAUUAUCUGAAACGUCAAGUUGGUUUCUGUGCCCAGUGGAGCUUAGACAAUCUCUUUUUAAAAGAAGGUAGACAGCUGACCUAUGAGAAAGUGAACUUGAGUAGCAUUAGGGCCAUGCUGAAUAGCAAUGAUGUCAGCGAGUACCUGAAGAUCUCACCUCAUGGCUUAGAGGCUCGCUGUGAUGCCUCCUCUUUUGAAAGUGUACGUUGCACCUUUUGUGUGGAUGCUGGGGUAUGGUACUAUGAAGUAACAGUGGUCACUUCUGGCGUCAUGCAAAUUGGCUGGGCCACUCGAGACAGCAAAUUCCUCAAUCAUGAAGGCUAUGGCAUUGGGGAUGAUGAAUACUCCUGUGCAUAUGAUGGCUGCCGGCAGCUGAUUUGGUACAAUGCCAGAAGUAAACCUCACAUACACCCAUGCUGGAAAGAAGGAGAUACAGUAGGAUUUCUGUUAGACUUGAAUGAAAAGCAAAUGAUCUUCUUUUUAAAUGGCAACCAGCUGCCUCCUGAAAAGCAAGUCUUUUCAUCUACUGUAUCUGGAUUUUUUGCUGCAGCUAGUUUCAUGUCAUAUCAACAAUGUGAGUUCAAUUUUGGAGCAAAACCAUUCAAAUACCCACCAUCCAUGAAAUUUAGCACUUUUAAUGACUACGCCUUCCUAACAGCUGAAGAAAAAAUCAUUUUGCCAAGGCACAGACGUCUUGCUCUAUUGAAGCAAGUCAGUAUCCGAGAAAACUGCUGUUCCCUUUGUUGUGAUGAGGUAGCAGACACACAAUUGAAGCCAUGUGGACACAGUGACCUGUGCAUGGAUUGUGCCUUGCAGCUGGAGACCUGCCCAUUGUGUCGUAAAGAAAUAGUAUCUAGAAUCAGACAGAUUUCUCAUAUUUCAUGACACAUGUGAAGAGGCAUCGUGGACUUUUUUCUACUCAAUUCCAGCCAAUGUUGAAAAGAAAAAGAAAAAAAACUCUCUAAUCAGUUGUACACAUACUGAAACUUAUAGCCAUGGCCAGAUUUUAUGCUAAAAAUGGUAGUUUGUCAAAGACAAAAUUCUCUUAGAAUCUAAUCCAACUUGCCAGCCCUGAGAAAAUCCCUUUAAGGCCACGGAAAGCUGAAUGCUAGCAGCCAGGCCUGUGGUACUUCCAUGAAAAACCAUAGGAGACAAUACCCUCCCAAGUACUGAAAUCACACUGGAAUCCUCCAUGUUGGGUUCAUUUGAUUGUUUUACACAGGACGUGUUGUGUCAUUCUGAAGUUUUUAUUUGGGGCAGAAGUCUUAUAUGGAGAUGUAAAUGACAGCAUUUCUGGGUUAUGCAUUACUUCUCACUGGUUGGAGAGACACCGGUGCGUUAAGCAUGGAUAUUGCAUUGCAAGACUUGAAUCUAUAAACAUUAGAAUCACACAGUCAGUACUACAAGCAAAACAGAGAACCUGAAAGAAGGUGCACAGACUGUAAGAAAAAACCCAAGUUUGUGAUAUUUCAGUGAUUCCAAAGAACAUUCUAGGUUUUUUGUUGUUUUAUUGUUUUUUGUUUUUUGUUUUUUUUAACUGCAGAAAAUUGGUGGUAUUUUCACAUUCAUAGUGUUCCUAUCCAAUUUCAAUACCCACAUUUUAUGAGGAAAAAAUGUUUUACCAAUGCAGAAGGAAUUCUUAAAUUAGCUGUAAUGUUAGGUUGGAGAAAAUUUGGUAUUUAGGGUAUUUUUAAGGUACCAUCAAAUCAGAUUUCUGUUUUUUUGUUAAAAAAUUUUUUUUAAUCAGUAUUGUUUUUACAAGUAAUAUACUUUGAAACUCUUGAACUAAUAGUCUCACAAACUCUAGAGGACAGUCUGAGAACACGUAUUUCUAUUGUUCUAAAUAAAUACAUGUUUUCGAAUAGUAAGUUCAAUCAUGAAUUAUUGACUAUGUCUUCAUCAAAGGUGUUAAUCCCUCUCAGGGUCUCCGGUGAAGACCUUCAAGAGUUUGGUUUUUUCUCCCAGGAAAUUGGAAGGUAGAAUUGUAAAUUCAUAGAACUUCUUUUAUAAUGGUGUACCUCUGCAGCUGCCUUUCAAUUUAUGCCAAGUCCUUACAGAGUUUAUACUUGAAUAGUAAAUAUGUCUUCUGAGUUUUACAGUGUCUUAAACUCAAUGCACAUUUUUUUUUCUUCUUUUUCCGCCCCUUCUUGUUUGUAGUUCAUUAUACCUGUCCUAUUACAGAGCUGAUUUCCUUCCUGGCUGUACAUGUUGGGGUGCUGGAUUUUCUUCCAUGUCUUUAGUCUUCCAUAAAACCAAACAAAUAUAUAUAUAUAUAUAUAUAUAUAAAUAUAUAUGUAGAUACCUGUUCUCUUCUUUAGCUUGUGGUGAAUACAGUAAUUUGCAUUGAAGAAUAAAA